AUGGUUGUAUUCAACGAAGCCGCUCGACUCUACGGGGCCUUGCCCUCGAGGCACCGUCUCGAAGUUGACGCCGCGAACCAACUCCACGACCUUGCGAAUGGCAACCAUGUUCCCUGGGGUGACACUUGGGACUGCGCCAAAGACGCAGCCUUGAACCUGCGUCGCCUCUACUUGGACCUUUCCAACGAGCUCAAUGCCCGCUGGCCCAAUGCUCACCUGAUGCCACCCGCCAUUACGGCAGAUGCCCGGGAUCUUGUCAAGCUCGGCUACUGGGCUUUGUACUCGGUCCUUGGACCCUUGAUCAACGCGCGCCAGGCAGUGCGCGGUGGAUAUCCUCCCAUCCAGGCCGACACCGACUUUGAGAACGACCUCAUGAACAUCCUGGCGCGUGUUUGGGCAAGCCACGCCCAUCUCGAGGGCGUCACCGUCGUCCAGCUGCUCAGCGGCGCCAACGCCAGCAUGAAUGCCAUUGUCAACGAGAUUACCCUUUGGGGCAAUGUGGGCCAAAUGCUGGCCCCCAAUAUCUCUAUCCUGGGCUUCGUGGAACUUCUCGCUCGUGUCAUUGCCCAGCAAUCCAACGACUUGGCAACACUACGAACCCGUCUCAACGCCACGAGCACGCGAGGACCGCCGAACCUGCAAUAUUUCCAUCGGGCCACCCCACAGUGUCUCUUCGUCUGCGCCGGCCAGAACAACGGCGGCCGCACCAUCGUGGUCACGUCCACCGUCGACAACUGGCAGGGCUACGGGAGGGUCAACGACGAGAUGCAGAACUUCCGACAAACCGUCCGCCCCACCAGCGCUCCCGUUGCCGGGCCGGCCGCGUUCCCCGUGAAUGUCCGGUCGCAGGGCAUCCGACACGAGUUCGACCUCGUGCAUAACAACGCAAACGCCCCGGGAACCAACGCGGAUGCAAUCCGCCUGGGCGUCAUCACGGCGUGGCAGCUGGUGGCAGCCAACUUCACCAACCACGCCAACGAGCAGUGCCUGCCGCUCAGAGUCCCGAGCUUCUCGGUCAAGCCGCGCUGCCUCCGCUGCCAGGGCCUGUUCCGCUACAACAUCGCCCACAACAACCAGCUGCAGAACGAGGAGACUGCGUUCCGCGCAAGAAAGGGCCAGGCGCUCAACACCAUGUGCUUCCGUAACUUCGGCUGCGCUGAGACCAUUGGCCAUUUCUACUGUGCUGCCGCUGCUGCCGCUGCCAACCACUAG